AUGGGGAGAUUAGGGCAGGCUGUGCACGUUGGUCCGUGCGCAGCUGGUCUGUGCGCAGCAUGCCGACGCGGCCACGGGGGCCGCAGAUAUGUGGAUUGCGCAGGUGGCGAAGGCGGCGCGGGCAAUGCUGCUGGUAUCGUUGGAGGCGGAGCCGUGCUUGUCGAAGUGCUCGAGGGUGCCACCACUCCUUUCGAUGUACCAGAGCCAGAGGCUUCCGCGCUUCUCAUGAUGACUGGCGUCAAUCUCGACGCCGUCGAAGACCUCCCUGCGCUUCCGAAGCUGAAGGAGUUCUCGCUCAAGCGCCUCGAUCCUGCUGCUGGUGUUGAGUGUGAAGGUUUGCAUAGUCGAGCGAUCGUCGAUCUCGAAGAGCAUCGUCGGAGCGGCGGGUGCUGCGGGAUUUCUUCUAUGCCACUCGUAGAUUCGAUCCCGUAUCAUGAGACCAGGGAUAGUGCGGGGGCAGAAGCUUCUGUUUGGAAGGACGAUCUUGCCUUCGGUGUUACGCUUGCACUUGCCGUCCCGGAUGUCGAUCUCCGCAAACUCGCAGGUGCCUACCCUGCAGCCACGAUUGCUGCAGUAGUGGCACGUCUGUUCAACUCCGCUGUUCUCGUGGAUGUGGACGGCAGCUUGUUGUCUCGGUGCAGGGGCGUG